GCGUGCCUCGAGCGACGGCCCGCCGCGGGAGCGUGCGGCACCCUCCGCUCUGCGCUGCGCGGGGCCGUCCGCCGGCGGGCGGGAAAGAGCGGGCAGCGCCCGGCUGGCAGCCGCCCCCUCGAGCCGGAUGUUGGCGGUUCGGGGUGCGUCCCGCUACGGCUUGAACUGUAAGGGGCAAUUUUACAUGUGCCAGGCUUCACUGUUGUGAAGUUGGAACUGAUGAAAGUGCCAGAAAAAAGGAGGGAGGCUACACCGGUUGGUCUGCUGCCGUGCAGAUGGAGUUCGAGCGGGGACUGUAAUGUGUUGUGACAGGUUUAACUGACUUGCACAGAAUACACAGUACCAAUCACCAUCCUUUCUGUCAAAGCCCUCCUCCCUGUAGCACUGUGCUGCCUCUCAAUUAUUUAAAAGUUGCUUAUUAUUAUUAUUAUUCCCACCUCACAGAAGAUAACAACGCAGCCAGUUUGUAUAGAUUAAUGCUUGAAUGAAUAAAUGGGCUGUGUGCGUGACUAACAAAAGCAUUAUAUCUGAAUUCAGAGCUGAGGGCUGUCAGUUUGUGCUUAUCUUUUGUUGGAACAUGCUCUCUGUAGACUAAUGCUUGUGAAAUUCUUGCCUGAAGUACAGAUGGACCUUUCGUCUGAGACAAAGCCAGCCAGAAAUCAGAAGGGCUUCUUUGGAAGCCUUUCUGGAUGGAAAGUUUUGGAGUUUGAGGGGGUGUGGGAGGAAGGGAACAUCUGUUACAAAAACUUGCAUAGCUUUAGUGUUGAGUAAAAAGUUGGUUUCGUGCACAUGAAAAUGCCUUAUUCAGGAGCAACGUCUGCCUGUGCUACUGCUGUGCUUUAUAGAAGCUAUGCUUUAGGUUCUCAUGCAGCACUUCCCUCUAGGUCAGGCUCAGUGAGUAACCCAUGUCUACCACCAUCCUCAGUGUCUGCUCCCUUAAUAGCGCAUCCUGUGGUGCUCUGCAGGACUUGAGUCACUGCAGCACGGGGAGGAAUAAGGCAGGCUGCUCACGCAGGAGGAUGUGGUUUCAUGCUGAACUGAGCCAAAUCAUUCUGAUGCAGGCAUGUCAUACCGUUUGUUCUGCUGAACAUGUCUGUCUACAGGAAAUGUUUACACAUUUCCAAGUAAAAAGGUUGACUUUGAAACUUACCUUUUUAUUCCUAAAGGAAAAAGUAGUUAUGGAAAGAAAAAAAAAAACAAAAACCCACCCAAACAUUUUAACAAAGAGAACAACUAAUGAAGAGUUUUGAGUUCAAGCUCCUACUCCUCCUCAAGGGAGGAGGGUUGCUGAAGUAGACCUGCCUGGCAGCUCUUCAGAAUUAGCAGUAGAUUUACAGCACAAACCCCACAGCUCUCCUGCCAUGAGGAACAUGGGCCAUUGUCAGGUGAGGAAAGGACAGAGUUCACGUCCUACCUGUUUCUCAAGGAAUGUUAUCAAUAAAUGGGCAGGUAAAGGGAGGCCUGGACUAUCCCAGUUGCCAUCACCGUCAUCUCUGUCCCAGUACCCAAGGUGUUCCUGCUGCACUCCAGUACCUCUGUGCCCCUGUCCCACACAGCCCCCCGGGCCCUCUCCUGUCACCUCCUCACUGCUGCUUCCUCUUGCACUGUCCACGGCCUGUCCCAGCUGUGAUGUCCUUGGAGCAGCAGCUGCUGCAGAGCCUCCUGUGGUCAAGAAGGGCCGGCAUAUCCCAGCCCUGGCCACAGGAGAGGCACCAGCUGGGGCUCUCCAGGUUGUGGCGGCACCAGCUGUGGUGGCCAUUUGAUGCUGCCUUCUGGCUGAGGAGAGACCCCUCAGGUGAGCCGGGAGAUGUGAUUGGCUGCCCUGCUCUGGCGGGCUCCAGGAGGAGGUGAUGGCCAAUCAGGGAAGGCCUUACAUGCUGUGUGUGUGACUUUCUGCUGUGGAGAAGACUUUCGGCGCCAUGUUGGUUUGGAAGCCUCCUCGGCCCUGGAGGGCUAUUUGGGCAAUAUCCAGUGUUCCUUAUAGCUUAGGUUCCUCUCACAAGCAGGUGGAGCACAGCUCACUACGUCCUGGGAGCCUGUGGCCAGAAGAGAGAGGUGCUGCGUGGUGUGACAGCAUGACCCGCUGGCAGCAACAGCAAGGCCUUUCUUGUCUGUGGUAUUCAGAUCACAUUUUCUAAGAAACUGCCAUGGGAAGAAAACUGUCCUCUUCCCUCACUUACUCUUCAAAACCUGGAAAAAGUAUUCUAUUGUUUAUGAAAGACAGCUUCCAUAUCUAGGGAGAUUUACAGGAUGUAGACAGUAUCUCACGUAUGACAAGUCAUCAGAGUUGUGCCCCACGUCGUGUACCUGGCACACCUCUUACACCUGAACUGUCCCUGGGAUCCUGGGAAACUGCCAGCACAUUGCUCUUGAUGUGACUUCAGGAUUUUCAGGCCCCCUUAUCUUGGGUAUAUGUGCUAAGGCAACAACUCAAUGGCUGAUGACUGAGCCACACCUGCUGGACUUUGAGGACUUUUCCUUCAACUGUCUGCUGCCCCUUAAGUUCAUCUCUUUUUCACAAAAAGGUAAAAAAAACAAAACAAAACAAACAAACAAAAAAAAACCUCACAAGGCAGCUUCUUAUUGGGCACUCUGUACUGCACAGAUUACUUUUUUUAAGUAGUCACAUACCUACAGUUAAGAAUGUGAUUUUCUGGCUCAGGUGCUUGAUGCAUUUAAGGAAGUUCAUGUUUUUAGCCAAGUUACUGUGAGACAUCAUUUUGGGGGAAAAGAAACAAAAAAGGGAAGUGUGUUUCAUGGGAGUGAUGGUACUUCCCACUGAAAAGGGCCUCUGCUGUUGUGACACAGCUUUCUCUAUAUCUGAGAGUGCUUCAGUGUUCUAAAACCAGACAAGACAAAUUGAGAAGCCAUGGAAACAGUGACUAGGAUGAGAAAAUAUUUGCUUUCCUUGCUCUCUCUUCUGCCAUGUUUGCAUGAAUUCUUAGAAUAACUGAAAAGAAACUUCUAAAAAAUUUCAUUGUGAUUCCAAGAUUCUCCACAACUUAAGUAUAUUCUUUAAUGUAACCAUAGGGAAUACAGAUAUCAGGGCAAUAUGUGAAGAUUAACCUCAAUACAUUGAAAUGCUGCACAAUCUAAUAGUUAUAAAUUCUAAGAGUAAAUAGUUUAGUGCUGUGGACUAACUGAAGGUAGUUAAUUGCAAGUUGUACGCUUUACUGUAGGGAUGUCGCACGAUCUUUUAAUUUUACAGAAGAUGUAUUAACACCAGAUUUCUGAAGUUAAAGAGAAAUGUUUCCUAAAUAGAAUUAUUUGCCUGCAGUCUAUGAUGCAAUUAUGCCUAGCUGCAAUAUUUUAAUUAUGAUUUCCAUUUGUAAUCAAGUAUUACAAAAGCAUGAGAGAGGGACUAAGAUCUCAUUACAUAUAAAAAAAACAAUCUGUCUGAACCAUAUACCAGGAAAUGGAAUUAGAAACCUAUCAGUCUAUUACAAAGAUACGAGGGGAAGACACCAGAGAACUGUGAAGAUUUGGACCAACUGGCAACAUUAUGAUCCCCAAACAAGCUGUGAGAUGCAGAAAUGUGAAGCACUGUAAACAGUUCAAGAAAUCAAUUUGUGGGAGUUCAAAGUUAUAGUGAAGUUUGACACAGAAUGAAAAACUUUAUACAUACCUGCUCUCCAGAACUAGUUUCUUGGGAACUCGUGUCACAUAGUGGUUAGUGGUUUUGUGACUUUGAGAAAGUGUCUUGUCAGUUCAACCAGAUGAUAAACUAUAUUUUGUGAGAUGCUAAGCACAGGCCAAAGAGAAUAGGCAGACAGACAGACAACUGCAACUCCCAAAAGGAAAAGGAGCAGCUCAGGUGAGCCCAGGUUAGUCAACCUUAUCUGAUAUCAAAUGUCUCAAUGUAGUUUGUUUAAAUAACAUAUUUCAGCAUAGUAAGUGUACAACUAAACCCAAAAUGCUUCAUUUAAAUAUUUGUCAAAAUGUAUUUAAAAUACCUCAUAAUCCUUGCAGAAAAUGACUUUGUUGCAGAAAUACCAUUAAAUUCCACGUUUGUGCUCAAAUAUGCCUUGGGAAAUGCCUUGCUGAAUAAUGACAUUUUUUAGCUGUUUAACCAGAGUUUAUUGUGACGACAGUUAUGUUGCUAGAUAUUUGUUUCUUUUCCAAUGAGCAAGAAACACAAACCAAAAUAUCUCCAACCAAUACCAUUGUUCUUGUUCCUGAAGCAGAUGGAAGUUACAGGUGUUGAUCCCUCUUAGUAUUUGUUCUAUUGUUUAGUAAUCAGCCUGGUACUAAGUUAAGUGAUAAGAAAAGACUUACUGGCCUACACCCAAAAUCUAAAAACGAGUAUGAGCAUGCUCCUUUUUUUGACAUAGCUUGGCCUUCUUCUCUUUUGAUAAUUACUGCCAUGAGAGUUAGUAUCAGCCUUCUCUAAUCUGCUGCCAUUGAUUCUUAGAAUGACAAACUGUGGCAUGUGAAUGCAAUAAUGUCAUACUCUCUUUGCAUGUUAGCCAGUGCUAGAAAAGUAAAGCACAGCUAUCUGUUAUUUUAGACUUAAAAGGCUGCAUACACAAUCAUUUAAUCUUUUUACUCAUAGCUAGAGUUUUAGAAACACUUUGCCAUAUCGCUUUCUUACCUGUGACACAGCACCGUCACCUUGGGCAACCAGUAAGUCUCUAAUAGGAAUAAAGCCUGUAGUAGUCCAUAGCAGCGAGCAGGCUUAGUAGAAGGAAUUAGGAAUUAGCUUUUUCUAAUACCCUGAGUAGUCGUUUGAACAUCCUCUAGCAGAGCUAAAAGAACCUCUGCAUUCUAAGGGCUAUGGAGAAGACUUUGCUUUUAAAUUGAAUGUUAUCUUGGCAUAGCUAACAAGCACCCCAAAAUAAUGGUACUUUCUCUGAGUCCCACAAGGUAGGUGCUUCUCAUUUUUCUAUUUUAAGGAAAACAGUAAGGUAAAAUGAAUAGGUUGUACGUAACUGAGAAAAGAAAUGUGAUACUCUCUUCCACACCGUUGUUUCAGUGGCUGUUUGCUUGAUUCAAAGGUCUUUUGUGCAGUGGGAUGCUAAAAGCACUCAUUCUUCAUUUAAGUGAGCUGAGAACUACUUGUUUUUAUCUAAGUGAUAGAAUGCUAAGCACAGCUCUUCAGUAUAUCUUCAGAAUCUUGAACUUGAAUUCAUCUUAAGCAGUUUAAAGUAAAGGUAUUCUUUUAAUUCAGUAACGUGUUAUUUACCUGGAAUUUGUUAACUAAAUAAAGGUUUUCUCUGUCUUUUUAAAUUUUGUUGAAAGAAGAGAGGUACUCUUUUUCAGGGUUUUAAAAUGAGUAAUGAAAGUGAAUUUUUAGCCAUCCAAAAUAUGCUUGAGGGAGCAGUACAGAGGUGCACAUAUCUUUUGAUAUGUUUUUGCUAUAUGCUACAAGAUUUGAAAUGAACUAACUGCAUUGACCUGGUGUUCAUUCUGUUGAGCUGUCACGUUGAUCUCUUCUGUCUUCCUUGACCUGAACCAAAGGGAUAUGUUUCAUAACAUCUGCAGUUCAUCUUGCUUUAUCAGCCACACUGAGAUGCUAUAGUUAAAUAAUUUUGCGAAGAACUCUGAAAUUCUCCAGUGUGUUCAUUAUGAGGUUUGGAGGUCAGUUUGUGCUUGGAAGUGUCUCAACAGAGCAGGUGAUUUGAGGGUCAUGCAGAUUUGCUGAAGGUGAUACAGAUCACAUCACUGCCAAUCUCCAAAGCUUUCAAACUCUUUAUUUUCUAAAAGUUUCAUCUGAAAUAUUUUAUUGUUCCAGUAUCUCACAGUAAAUAGGGGUUUAAAUGUUACUCAGCUGCUUAAUUAUUCAUUGCAAAACAGCUUUUGUUAAAAAUGCAAACUUUUCCUAUUCUGGCCACUUUAAAAAAAAAAAAAAAGAAGAAGAAGAAGAAUGUUAGCAAUGAUCCUUGUAACUCAUCCCUAGAAAUUCUAAGGGACUUCCUUUCCUAAAAAAAAAAAAUAAAAAAAAUUAGACAUAAUUAUGUCAGGACAAAUAUCUUUUUGCGUCGUUUUAGUUGAACAGAUUGAAGGAAUAGAUUGUCACAAUCUAAGAUGAGCAAGUAACAGAAAACCAAAUGAUAUCCACACAGUAGCUUCCCUUGGAUGUGUAUUAGUUAUGUUGCUGCUGAACUGAAGCUUGGCAGCUGGCUUAGCUGCUAGCCAGUCUUUGAGUGCCUCAAGGAUGAGAAACAGCCUGCAUCUCAUUGCUGCUCCAGAGGUGUGAGAAGUUGGAAGCUUUGCAUAACUCAGUGAGCAGCAGUCGGGAAGUGAAUGGCCUUGCCAGCUUCGUACUUAUCAGCAUGCAUAGAAAUCAAACAGAUCAGUGGCAACAAUAAAACCUCAGUCUAUUGUGGUUGCAUCUGCUUCAGUUGUGGGGACUUUUUUGCUGGGAAUUAAUGCAACCAUAUACAUUCUAACUAAUACAGCUCAGACAUUCUCUCUAUAGCACUAGUUAUCAAUUUCAGGUAAGCUGAAGGGGAAAUCUUUGAAUAUUCUUUCUACUUGUAGCUUCUCAUUAAUUUCUUACUUGGUAUACAGUUUUCUGAUAAUAACAUCAAUUUGAAGAUAUCAUCAUGUGCAUUCACCCUUUCCUCAGAUAGCCACGUUUGAAAAUUAAAAGCUUGAAAGUAAGAUGUGGGCAAACACAGUUCUUGCAACAAUCCAUCUUGCAUGGACAUUUGGGAUACAGUGAGGAUUAAGCAAAGAUCAAAAAAGUCUCACUCUCACUCAUCUUCAGGGUAAUGUGUCUGCAAAUGGAGUCAGUCAGGAGCGCAGUCAUCAGGAGUAAUUGCACCUGUACCUGUUCAAAGCUACAAAUGGUUGCUUUCAGUCUUGUUCCCAUUUAAAUCUGGUUGUCAGGCUUCCAUCACAGACAGUUUAAAACCUCUUCCAUCAAUCUAAGACCAAUUUCUGACUGCAAAAAUACUAAUGGGUAAUGUUUCCAUUUCAGUGUGUUUCACUUUGGGAUUUUUUUCACUUGCAGUUAUAACUAGAUUUGUCCUGAUAAAAUAUGCCUUCGGUGUUGAGUUCCCUGGGUUUCAUUAGGGAAUUUGACUCUUGUUUAUGGAGUUCAAAGUAUGAUUGCUGCCUUAAAUAUGUUUUCUCCUAUAUAUAUAUACAUAUAUUUUCAGCAGAAUCUUGUGGGAAGUCAGAUAGUAAUGUCCAUUUAAUUUCCAAGUUAAUUUCAUUAAAAAAACCCAACAAUAACAACAACAACAGAAGCACAACAGUUUCACUUUAUGGUAGUACCGAUGUAAUAAUUGUUGGCAUGAUCCCAGAAGGCUUAGACGUGGACCCUAUUAAACAAGGUACUAUUCAAACACAGUAUAAGAGACGAUCUAUUUAAGUGCAAUCGAAGAACCAAGUGGAAUCCUUAGACUGGAUCAAUUAUAAUAUGGUGGUUACAACUGACAACCAUGUAAUAAUUGCAUUAUUUUGUCCUUUAGUCAAUUUCAAUUCUUCUGUUAAAAUGCACAUAUGCUGAGAAUUACUUAGCUACAACGAAUCACUAUAACAACAGUUUGUAACCUGACAAUGGGACCAAUCCUCUGAGUUCUGGAAAAGCCUAGUUCAUGCCAACUUCAUUAAAGGUGGAAUUCAGCCUACUGCUGAGGACUGGCAUAAUGCCAGUCUGUGCUUAACUCUUCUCUAAGUCCUAAAACAUGAAGUGCUCUUGUUUGUGAGCUCUGGUAAAUUUGUCCUGGGGAAUUCCACACUUGCAAGUUAUGUAGGAUUGGGCCAAGACAGCUGCCAGUAGUUGCUAAGGGAAAAAGAAAGAAGUAACAUGUUCUGUUGCAUAGCACAAAACACAGUACAUCUUGGUGAACUAAAACUUCUUCUGAUAUUUUCUUCAUCUUCUGUCAAAUUAGUGUUGGACUUCUUUACUUACAAAUUUGCUCUGAAGACCCUAAUUGUAGAAUAUAGAAGACUUUCUUUCAGUGCACUUCUAUUGUCCUGUUGCAUGUGAAAUUUCUCAGACAAGUGAGGAAAGGUGUUUUGAGUAGAUCAGUAAGUAGGAAUUUAUUGACUAGAUUUGUGUGUAUGUAUGUGUACAAACACAAACUGAAUGUAUUCAUUCUUACUUUCAUGCUUUAUCUCUUCUUGAUCAAGAGCUCUUUAAGAAUGUACUUGAGUCCCCAGAUGCAGAUGGUCAGAAGUCACUGACUGGAAAAGAAGUAGUUUGAUGACACUGAGCAGGGAGCAAGCACCCAUUUUGUAGUGUGGUGCCCUGGUGACUGUGGUGCAAGGAGUCUACCAGCAGGAGAGCAGUAGACUAGUUACGUUUGCAGUUAAGCAAAGUCAGCAGCUGCUGUAUUCAUGUGCAGAGAAGCACAGUGAGUAUGCUGUUACUCAUCAGAGCUGCUCCAGUUCAGAGCUUCCAGUUGCUUGCAGUCUGAGCACAGUAUUUCUCUGCCAGCCAAAGGGAGGAUGUCCCACUGCCGACAAGGGGUCUUUGUGCUGAUGUGCAGAAUUUCUCUCUUCUGGAAGCUGUCUGCACUGCUUUUCUCAGACAGAAAGUGAACUCAUGGAGUCUGUUUGAGUCUUUAGUGUAACACUCUUCUGCUCUCUUUUAUAUAAGCUUUAUUUUUUUCAUGAAUGUACGCAGUGUAGUUUAAAAACCUGCUUAUAGAGCUCUUGCUUUAUGAAGCCACUUUCAGGUCAGUUCGGUGGUGCAGCAGUAAAUGCUCCAAUCAUUGAUGUAGCCACAAUCAAGUUUUGCACAUGGGAGUUUUUCCCAGCUUAGUGAGUAAACAUGCAGUUUUAGCUGACUGGAGAAAGAUUAGUUUACAUCUGAGGGCUUAAUCUAUGACAUAGACUAAUCUUGAUGUGAUCCUAUUACUGCAAGGUCAGGUGGGAUUUUACUAGUGUUUGAUUGUCUAAGUUUGCUCAUUUGAAUCCAGCCUGGGUGGUUUGGAGCUGGUUUUUUUUUUUUUUUUCCUUCCUUACCUGUGGCUCUGAGACACUGUAGUCAGGAAAAGGGGAAACAAUCCCAACCACGAAAAUGUAAGGAGAUUGACAAUUGAAGGGUAAUAUAAAAGGAAGGAUAGAAGCCUCUACCCAAUUAUGUUAUCCCUUUAUCAAUGUAACAUUAAAAUGAUUUGUGUAACUUGAGUUGGUCGCUUUACUGUGAUAAAUGUUCCUCAUGGAAACAGAUAACAUGUAACUGAAGGAACUGGGAAAGGAGGGAAAUUUCUGCUGGGCAGAGGGCUGGGUCCUGUCUCUACUGCAGCUAGCUUCCAUUUGCUUCGUAGCAUGAGACAGCAUGGCAGGCUGGUGGCUGUUAUGUUUAGGUCUUCCUGGUAGUGAUCACUGGAAACAGAAAGCUUCUAGUCAGCUACAGAUCAAUGGCACCUCUCACCUUUGAGCAUGAGUGGAACCUAAUUUUCUAAUGAGCAGAUAAGAGGGGUAAGGUGCCUGUGGGAGUGUAUGAUAUUGUCUGCCUUCAGCUGUCCCCAGAAAUCAAGACAAAAGCUCAGGGGUUUUGCUCUGUUCUUCUAUAGAGAUUGUCAGCAAAAAGCACAAUCACAUUUAUUGUCUAGUGUUCGGUAGACACAUUAGAGAAAUGGAUUUUUCUCCUAACUGGGUUCUUAAUAUCUCCCCUAAUUUAAUUAGAUUCCACUUCCUUGAAGCACAUUUCUUUUUCUAACAAAUUUCUGUCAACAGAAAGCAAAGAACCGCCAUCAGAAUACGUCCAGUGAAAAGCUAAAACUUGGUGUACUGUCACAGGCCAUGAGCUAAGCAAUGAGAAUAAAUGAGGAUCAGCAAUACAGCGAGAGGUGCUAAGCUCUGCCAGAUGAGACCAUCUAGGAGAUGCUGAUUCAUUACUCACUGAUGUGUGAGAGAUUACAGAGCUGUGUUACCUCACUAUCAUCUGUGACAGGUUACAACAGCAUUGUUUUGAAGAUAUGUAGUUUACAGAAAAAGACAUCAACUUUUCUUCACCCAGCAGAUACCAGUACCCAGCAACCUUCAGUGUACUCAUUCUCAUGGGUCAGAAGGCUUGGAUAGAGAAGACCUUUUCAAAAAGAGAAUGCAUUUAUGUAAUUGCCAACAACAAAGACAUUAGCAGGUGCUGCUGUGGCCAGCUCAUUACCCAGCAUAUUCCACCUCCUCCAAGUACAACAGCUAACAAAAAUGGAGAGGAAACAAAGCAAGUGGAAGCUCAGCCAGAGAAGUGGUCUGUCAGCAAACACACCCAAACGUACCCAACUGAUGCUUAUGGAAACCUUGAAUUCCAGGGAGGAGGACAUUCAAAUAAGGCCAUGUAUAUCCGUGUGUCGUACGACACCAAACCAGAUUCUCUGCUGCAUCUCAUGGUGAAAGACUGGCAACUAGAAUUGCCCAAGCUCUUAAUCUCUGUCCAUGGAGGCCUCCAGAACUUUGAAAUGCAGCCAAAACUGAAACAAGUAUUUGGAAAAGGUCUGAUAAAGGCUGCCAUGACCACCGGAGCCUGGAUUUUCACUGGAGGUGUUAGUACAGGUGUCAUUCGUCAUGUGGGAGAUGCCUUGAAAGACCAUUCUUCAAAAUCCAGAGGACGAAUCUGUGCCAUAGGAAUUGCACCAUGGGGCAUUGUAGAAAACAAGGAAGAUCUGAUAGGAAAAGAUGUAACGCGUGUUUACCAAACAAUGUCAAACCCUCUAAGCAAGCUUUCUGUGCUCAACAGUUCCCAUACCCACUUCAUUCUGGCAGACAAUGGUACUCUAGGUAAAUAUGGAGCUGAAGUAAAGUUACGACGUCAGUUGGAAAAACACAUUUCCCUCCAGAAAAUUAAUACACGACUCGGACAAGGUGUUCCUGUAGUUGGGCUUAUUGUGGAAGGUGGUCCCAAUGUUAUCUCCAUUGUUUUGGAGUGUCUACGAGAAGAACCUCCUCUCCCUGUAGUGAUUUGUGAUGGUAGUGGACGAGCAUCUGAUAUUCUGUCAUUUGCACACAAGUAUUCAGAAGAAGGAGGGAUAAUAAGUGAAUCUCUCAGGGACCAGCUUCUAGUAACCAUCCAGAAAACCUUCAAUUACAGCAGGAAUCAAGCUCAUCAGCUGUUUAUCAUUCUGAUGGAAUGCAUGAAAAAAAAGGAACUUAUUACUGUGUUCCGUAUGGGGUCUGAAGGGCAACAGGACAUUGAGAUGUCUAUCUUAACUGCUCUCCUCAAAGGCACCAAUGCAUCUGCUCCAGACCAGCUCAGCUUGGCUUUGGCCUGGAAUCGUGUCGACAUUGCACGCAGCCAAAUCUUUGUCUUUGGACACCACUGGCCACCUUUAGGAAGCCUUACAGCUGGUGAUGGUACAGCCCCUGAGAAGGAAAAGAAAUCUCCAGCAGUUCAGACUAAAGCAGCCAGAGGGAAAGGAAAAGGGAAGAAAAAGGGAGGAAAAGUAAAAGAAGAGCCAGAAGAAGAAACAGACCCAAGGAAGCUUGAACUCCUGAACUGGGUGAAUUCUCUGGAGCAGGCUAUGCUGGAUGCACUGGUUCUGGAUCGAGUGGACUUUGUGAAGCUACUCAUUGAGAAUGGAGUUAACAUGCAACAUUUCCUCACUAUUCCUCGACUGGAAGAACUUUAUAAUACUAGAUUGGGUCCUCCAAAUACACUGCAUUUGCUAGUUAGAGAUGUGAAAAAGGGAAAUCUUCCACCAGAUUAUCAUAUCAGCCUAAUAGAUAUUGGUCUUGUACUUGAAUAUCUCAUGGGUGGAGCUUAUCGCUGCAACUAUACUAGAAAAAGUUUUCGGACUCUUUAUAAUAAUUUGUUUGGACCAAAGAGGCCAAAAGCUCUUAAACUACUGGGGAUGGAGGAUGAUGAGCCUCCAACAAAAGGAAAGAAGAAGAAGAAGAAAAAGGAGGAAGAGAUUGAUAUUGAUGUGGAUGACCCAGAAGUGAGCCGCUUUCAGUAUCCAUUUCAUGAACUGAUGUUAUGGGCUGUGCUGAUGAAAAGGCAAAAGAUGGCACUCUUCCUUUGGCAACGAGGGGAGGAAACUAUGGCCAAAGCACUUGUUGCUUGUAAGCUGUACAAAUCUAUGGCACAUGAAUCUUCUGAAAGUGAACUGGUGGAUGACAUCUCUCAGGAUCUGGACAACAACUCAAAAGAUUUUGGCCAGCUGGCUGUUGAACUCUUGGAUCAGUCCUACAAACACGAUGAGCAGAUUGCCAUGAAACUACUGACCUAUGAACUGAAAAACUGGAGUAAUUCUACCUGCCUGAAGCUGGCUGUGGCAGCUAAACACAGGGACUUCAUUGCUCACACGUGCAGUCAGAUGCUCUUAACAGAUAUGUGGAUGGGGCGACUACGUAUGCGAAAAAACCCAGGCCUGAAGGUUAUAAUGGGAAUUCUUUUCCCUCCGACCAUCCUUUUCCUAGAGUUUCGCAGUUACGAUGAUUAUUCUUACCAGACAUCACGAGAAAAUGAAGAAGGCAAAGAAAAGGAGGAAGAAAAUGUGGAUGCAAACGUGGAUACGGGUUCCCGGAAGGGGGAUGAAGAGAAUGGAAAUAAAAAACAAAACAGCCUUCCAAUUGGAACAAAGAUCUAUGAAUUCUAUAAUGCUCCUAUUGUCAAAUUUUGGUUCUACACAAUAUCAUACCUGGGUUACUUGAUGCUAUUUAACUAUAUCAUCUUGGUGCGGAUGGAACGGUGGCCAUCUGUCCAGGAAUGGAUUGUCAUCUCUUACAUUGUGACAUUGGCUUUAGAGAAAGUAAGAGAGAUUCUCAUGUCAGAACCUGGAAAGCUGAGUCAAAAAGUGAAAGUUUGGCUCCAGGAAUACUGGAAUAUUACUGACCUGGUGGCUAUUUCAGUAUUUAUGAUAGGAGCAAUUCUUCGCCUACAGAAUCAGCCUUACAUGGGUUAUGGAAGAGUUAUUUACUGUGUAGAUAUAAUUUUCUGGUACAUUAGAGUACUAGAUAUCUUCGGUGUGAACAAAUAUCUGGGACCUUACGUCAUGAUGAUUGGAAAGAUGAUGAUUGACAUGCUUUACUUUGUGGUCAUCAUGCUUGUGGUUCUGAUGAGUUUUGGAGUAGCACGCCAAGCAAUCCUGCACCCAGAUGAGGAGCCUUCUUGGAGACUAGCUCGCAACAUCUUCUAUAUGCCCUACUGGAUGAUCUAUGGAGAGGUGUUCGCAGACCAGAUAGACCCUCCUUGUGGGGACAAUCUUUACGAUGAGGAUGGUAAACGUCUCCCUCCAUGCAUACCAGGGGCCUGGCUCACUCCUGCUAUUAUGGCUUGUUACCUCUUGGUAGCAAAUAUUCUGCUGGUAAACCUGCUGAUUGCAGUCUUCAACAAUACCUUCUUUGAAGUAAAAUCAAUAUCCAACCAAGUCUGGAAGUUCCAGCGGUACCAGCUGAUCAUGACAUUCCAUGACAGACCUGUCCUCCCACCACCAAUGAUUAUCUUCAGCCACCUCUACAUAAUCAUCAAGCGAGUCUGCUGUCGCUGCAAGAAGCGUGAAGGAGACCAGGAUGAGCGUGACAGGGGGCUGAAGUUAUUUCUAAAUGAUGAAGAGCUAAAAAAGCUGUACGAGUUUGAAGAGCAGUGUGUAGAAGAAUACUUCCAGGAAAAAGAGGAUGAGCAGCAAUCAUCUAAUGAUGAACGCAUCAGAGUUACCUCUGAAAGAGUUGAAAAUAUGUCAAUGAGGCUAGAAGAAGUGAAUGAAAGAGAACAUUUUAUGAAAGCUUCUCUUCAAACAGUUGACCUUCGACUCUCUCAGUUAGAAGAACUAUCUGGUCGGAUGGUGAAUGCUCUUGAGAAGCUGGCAGGUGUUGACAAAUCUGAGCUAACCUAUACACGUUCACGGGCUUCAUCUGAAUGUGAUGCUGCAUAUCUCCUAAGGCAAAGUAGUGUCAACAGCUCGGAUGGCUACAGCAUGUAUAGAUACCAUGUUGGUGGCGAUGAGUUAGCAUAUGAUGACAGCACCACUCCAAUGUCACCAGCCAUAGGAUCGCGUAAAAAAGCCCAUUCUGUUGGUACAAAAGAAGAUGGAGCAGACCCAAGGAUGCUGGUUCCAGAGCACCAUACCAGUCUCCAUUAUACCUCUAGUGCUAAUGCAGUGACCCCAGCAGAUUACAGUACAUCUGCAUUAGACAUUGCACAGAACGUUUCCAGUCCUCAUUCUGGCUCAGGUGGUUUGGGGGAUGAAAACCAAGGGAUUUUCAAGAAGGAUGAAAUGCCUCCUCAAAGUUUAAACCAGAUGGAUGUUAUUAUGAACAGACAAUCAGUACCAAGACCAGAUUUUCAGAACACUCAGCUGAAAGUAGAACGGACCAAGUUAGAGGCAACCAUCUCUUAUCCCUUGGACAAAUCUAAAGCGAUGCGCUAUUUUCCUCCUGAAACAUUCAGUGCUUGUCAAACUACUAUGACGAAGUCAAGGAGCUUUAUAUUUGCACAGGGUGGGAAGCUGGUUGGAGGGGUAAACAACUGGACAACAGAAUAUAGUACCAUCAUGGAUCAGGUGUGCCCUUCUACAAUUGAGCAGUGGGCCACAGAGUGGAAAUACGAAGUUGAGCAACAGCUUUCUCAAGAACGUCCUCCAGAAUACCCAGGUAUUAUCUCUGAAGCAGAAAGGCAAGCAGAACAGAAACAGUUACAAAUGGACACAGAUGAUGACAGUGAUGUUGGUGAAGCAGGUAUUAGUGCCUCUUACGCCUCUAUGCCUGCCACUGUCAAAACUCAAACAGAGAAUUUGUUAUCAGUAAAGCCAGAAAGGACUUCUGGGUUCCCAUCAGUACGAUCAAAGAGUUUGCAUAGCCAUUCUCGGAAAGCCAAGUCUAUAAAGGACAAAUUAAACAGACCAGGACAUGCCACUAGUGUGACUAACCUAGUAGUAGCAUUUGGCAGUGCAACAGAAGAACAAAAAGCUAGACAAGAAAUUGCAUCCACAGAAACGGAGUGUUGAAAUGGCUUACACCCCUGUUUUAUUGACAGUCAAAAAAGUAACAUGGCUAAUAGAAAAAAAUGAUGGAAUUUUUAAUGAGUUUAUACAUAAUAAUGUUGCAUACAUUAGUUUCUCUUCAUUUUAGACAUAUUAGGUACAUGUUCUGCUCUUAAAUAAAUUCUUGCUGGGUCAAGUGAAAGGAGGAUCCUCUCUCAGGGGCAGAUAUAAAAGCAGGCUAGUCUGCAGAUGCUGACAGCAUUGAUCCUUCUUUGUUCCAUUUCCACUCCCCUUGUAAACUCAUUUACUAAUGCAGUCUUUGUAUUGUCUUUUCAAGAGCUUUUAUAAUAAUUUAAUAAUUUAGAAAAUAUAUUUUUUUUCUUAAUCAGAAGACUUCUUAAACUGCACUAAGUUUUAACCAGCCAUUGUUUUUAUCCUCACACAGCUGGUUUCUUUGUGGCCAUUUUGUUUUCAGAUCAAAACAAAAUUGUUGAAUGCGUGGAAGAAUUAUGUAGUCCUAUUUCACUUCUUGUUUCAUGCAUACUUCUUGGGCAGUACUGUCAGAAAGGCAGAACACAGCAGCUUCUACCCAGUAGAAUACUUCUGAGUGGAAAAAUAGUUAUGUUUGGAAAAACCUGGCCUGGAAUGCUAUGCAUACACAUAUUCUUGGCCUGUCCUUGAACUUAGUUGACAUAGUCUGCUUUCAGGAUCAUAUCUGUCUCUGCCCCAAAGCAUUCUGGCAGCCUUAAACUGUUGAAAAACAGUGAUCAUUGUUUCAAAAUGUUUAGAGAGAUUUUCAGUAUUUAAAGUAUAGGUUGAUUUUAAUAAUAUGGAUCCAAGAUCUGCAUUAGUGUUUUAUAUAAACAGGGUAACAACAGAAUCCCAUGUAGAGAAGGAAACUGUUUUGCCUGCAAGAGAAAAAAAAACAAACAGGAAAGGUAUUCUGGUCAGGUGAGAUCAGAACACAGCCAAUCUGCAUCUGAAGUAAAUCUGCUGUGACAAACUGAUCUUUAAUUUUGCAAUUUCGUUAUGACAGUGCACAAGGAACAAGAGUUUCUGUGAGUCAGUCUAAACAAAAAAUAAAUUCUGCAGAUGAGAAGAGGAAUUCCAUGUAUUUCCUUGAGUCAAUUUCGAAAAGAAAUUUCCAAUGAAAAAGCCCUCUCUACAGAGCAAGUAUUUUCUAUCACUCAGCAACUAAGACGGGAAAUCCAGAGAAUACCGGUCAAAAGUUAACACUUAACUCAAUAACAGUACUCAUUCAUACGUUAUUUUGAAAAGACAAAAUUUCUUUCCCCCCCCAUCAGCUCCUCAUUAUGUACAUUUCAGUACUAAUGCUUCUUACAGCAUACUGAAAUACAGAGAUUGAUAUAAGACUUUAAAAUGUGUUGAUGGCAUCAGACUUUCAUUACUUGUAUUAUAUUUUCAUUCUCCACCCAUAACUACAUUUUGAAGCACUGCUAUCAUGCUGCUUGAUCACAGUGACUGCCGAGACAUUUCGGAAAGUUCAGACAUGGUUACCAUACAUUUUUGCCAGCUUGGUCUUAUGAGCAUGUUUACUGGUUUCACUGUUAUCAGAACAGUGUUGACAUUUGUUUUUCAUGAGGGCUUCUUUUUUUAUUCAAGUUUAGGGAACGUGACAUUUUAUUUAAACAGAACCACAUUUGAAAUUGUUUCACUUCCAUGUUUACUUUUGUGUUACCUUUCUAUGCAACUACAGCUAUUUUGUAUGCAUGGUUAAUAUAUCCUCCAAUUCGUCAAUGCCUUUUUAUUGUUUGCCUGCACGCUCACCAGCAACUAAUUCAUCAACAAACACAAAGGGACGCAGCUAUUCAGCACUUUGCUAAAUAAGCAGAAUGCAUUGUGGACCGCAAUACAGUGUGUUGCAUGCCUCUUGUUACAUUGUGUUUAUAAAAUCUGCAUUAAAUCAUGCUUUGUUUGACCAGACAUUUUUUAGCAUUUGCAUUACGAAGUUACUAAGUGGCAUGUAGUUUUCAAACAACAUUUUACCACUAUAUUUAUUUUCUUCUCUUGUGCAAAACAUUUAUAAAGAAGUCAUAUUAAGAAGAUAUGAAAGAGAAUUCAGUAUACCAAACUGACCACUGUAAGGAUAUAAAAACUCUUCAUUUACUGUUUCUUCUUAUGCAGCAAACAGGCUGAACGUUUUCUAAGCCAAUUUCUUUUUUACCACUUGCCAGUAAUUUUCCAUGAUAUUCUCUAUACAGGCUCGGAUAUUUCCUGUGCUCUUGCACUGCGUGAACUGAUAUGGUAACCCCCUUGCCAAUAAAUGUGAAGUGACUACACUGACGUUGGCAGAGUUAUGUUAGACAAAUAGCCAUAUUAAGAUUUAAAUAUGGCUCUGUAUGUGCACACAAGGCUGAUGCUAGAUUUGGAGCACGCUGAACAGAAUAAUGGUUAAUACUUUUGCCUGCCCACCUUCAUGCUUUCUUAAACACUUCGUGACAGGUUGCAAGCACAGAAUUUGUAUUUCUGAAGAGACACAUUUAACACUGCCUUUUAAGAAGACACAUCCCUCCCACUUAACGAUAAAUGACUCCACAGCAUCAUAGUGAAUUCCACUUAUCUAUUUUUUUUUAAUAAUUAUUAUGUACUUGACGUGUACUGAACCAGGUCAAGCCUAAAGAGCGUGCGUUCUGUGUCUGUGCAGAGAUGUUGCACUACGGUAAUGUAAGUGCAUUCACUGUACAGUAUCUUGCAAUACUGAUGUAUCCUUCUUCCCUCAAAGCAAAUAUUUCAAACACAUUAACUAUACCACCUGAUUCUAAUUAUUUCAUUUGAUAUUGCAUCACUCUGUGAAUAUUUUGAUGGCCUUCGCAAGCCCUGUCCUAUUGCAGAGUCACCUUUUCCAUUUGAAAUGCUGGAUUUAGAUACCUGAGAAGCAAAAAAGUCCAUUUGCCAUAUCAUUUAGUAAUGAAUUCAAAUAACCAUUGGAUUCUCCCAAUUCUCCCAGACAUGGUCUCUCCAGAUUGCUUCUUUGGACCCUUUCUUGUGUUCUAGGCUUGGUGAGAUGUAUGUCUGUCUUUAU